UAACGCCACGUGCACGCCUCCGCACCAUAUAACUUAACCCCCUCCGAUUUCAAAAUACCACAAAAGAAACAAAACACAAACAAAACGCAAAAUCAAAUUCCAUUGCAGAGAGAGAACCCAAACAAAAAUAAUGGCAACGAGAGGAGCUGCUGCUGCUGCUGCCGCAUCAACAAUAUGGAAGCACCGAAGAAACCCUUCUCUUCGUUCACUAACCCAACAUUUCAAUCCCAAUUUCAAUCCCCGAACCAUCCCAACAGGGUUUAAAUAUCAAGUUAGGGCGAUACAAGGAGCAAGUACUGAUCCUGUUAUUACAACACCAUUGAAGAACAGAGAUGAGUCCCCAAAACCUCAGAAUUGGAAAAUCAAAAUGCUUUACGAUGGUGAUUGUCCUCUCUGUAUGCGUGAGGUCAAUAUGCUUCUGGAAAGGAAUGAAAAAUAUGGAACUAUAAAGUUCGUCGACAUAGGUUCGAAGGAUUAUUCACCAGAAGAUAAUCAAGGGCUUGAUUACAAAACAGCAAUGGGGCAAAUACAUGCUAUUCAGUCUGAUGGUAAAGUUGUAACGGGUGUGGAGGCGUUUAGGAGAUUGUAUGAAGAGGUUGGGCUUGGAUGGGUUUACACUAUCACCAAAUUUGAACCAAUAGGGAAGUUAGCCGAUGCUGUGUAUGAUGUAUGGGCUAAAUAUCGACUUCAGGUCACAGGGAGGCCAUCUUUAGAAGCUAUUCUUGAAGCAAGAAAGAAAGAUAAGGUAGAGACAUGUGGUGAUAGCAAGGCGUGCAAGAUGUGAAAUUCUCUUUCACAUGAUACUCAUUAAAUUGUUUACAAGUACCAAAACCAGUAUGGGAGUUACAUAUUCUUCUUUACUAGCUUUUAUGUGUGUGAGCAUUUGUAUGUGUUUGAUACAAAGCCCCUUACAUACCAAAUCAUAUAUGAACAUUUACAGCAAAUCUGAAAACUGUAGAGUUUUCUUCUAUUUGGUAUUGUUCUUUGUAAAUGUUAGCAGUUUUUUAAUUUAUAACUAAUGUUAUUAAAAUA